AUGGAGCUGCGGGGGGGACGCGCCGCUCGCUUGGCCCUCGGCCUGGCGCUGCUCUGCUCCGCGCUGGAGGCGGCGCCGGCCGGCCCGCAGCCCCGCUCCGCGGUGGGGCAGUUCUGGCAUGUAUCUGACCUACAUUUAGAUCCGACUUAUCACAUUACCCCUGAUCGUACCAAAGUUUGUUCUUCUUCCAAAGGAGCCAAUGCCUCCAACCCAGGCCCUUUUGGAGACUUUUUGUGUGAUUCUCCAUAUCAACUUAUUUUGUCAGCAUUUGCAUUCAUGAAGGAUUCAAAACAGCAGGUUUCAUUCAUGAUUUGGACGGGAGAUAGCCCUCCUCAUGUUCCUGUAAAAGAACUCUCCACAAAGUUGGUCAUUACCAUCAUUGGCAAUAUGAGUUCUACAAUUCGUAAUUUCUUUCCAGAUCUUCAGGUUUUCCCUGCCUUGGGCAAUCAUGACUACUGGCCACAGGAUCAGCUUCCUGUAACUACCAGUGAAGUUUACAAUGCUGUAGCAGAUUUCUGGAAGCCUUGGCUAACUGAUGAAGCAAUCAAUACCUUCAGAAAAGGUGGGUUCUACACACAGCUGUUUGAAUCCAGUGAUAGCUCUCAAACACUCAGGAUAAUCAGUCUGAACACGAAUUUAUAUUACAGCCCCAACAGUGUAACUGUGAAUAUCACUGACCCAGCCAACCAGUUUGCCUGGCUGGAGGGAAUACUAGAAAACUCUUCACAAAAGAAGGAAAAGGUAUAUAUAAUAGGACAUGUACCAAUAGGAUACUUGCCAUAUGCAAGGAAUACUACAGCUAUCAGGGAGUAUUAUAAUGAGAGACUGGUAAAGAUUUUUCGCAAAUACAGUAGUGUUAUUGCGGGGCAGUUUUUUGGACAUACACAUAGAGAUAGUAUCAUGGUCCUCCUGGAUGAAGAAGAAAAGCCAGUAAAUUCCUUGUUUGUGGCACCUGCUGUAACCCCAGUGAAGAAUGUAUGGCAAAUGGAGUCCAAUAAUCCUGGUGUCAGAUUGUAUCAAUAUGAUCUUCUUGAUUAUAGCUUGCUGGAUCUUUGGCAGUUUUACUUGGACCUCAGAGACGCCAACAAGAAAAAUGAAUCGAACUGGAAAUUAGAGUACAUCCUGACUAAAGCUUACGGCAUUGAAGACUUGAAGCCAGAAAGCCUAUAUGAAAUGGCCAAGCAGUUGUCUGUGCCACACAGCACACUGUUUGAGCAGUAUUACAAUAACUUCAUUGUGAGUUAUGACAAAACCAUUGUCUGUGAAGAGGGGUGCAAGACCUGCCAAAUAUGUGCAAUCCAAUAUUUGGAUUACUCCUCAUACACGGAUUGUAUCAAUCGGGAAGUAACGUGGAGAUGAAGUCUCCGUGCAAUUUAUGCUGAUAAUGACUUUAGCCUGUGAUUUAAAGAACCUGCUCAUCCUUUCGCUGAAGUGCCGACAUGCUGACAGGGAGCCUGUGGGACUUCUCUGAAUUUCAGGGGAGCAAUAUAUCUCUGUAGAUCUUUCUUAUUCUAAACAUGUUUUCCUUCCACAUCUAGAUAAAAGUUUAUUGGCUAUGUAAUAGUGGCCAGAUACUUUGCUGUUGUUUCAAGUGUCCUGUACCCUCUGUAACAGGCAUCCCAGUAUGUGGGAAUAGAAGUUACUCACUCAGGUCUUUGGAAAUCCAAGUCUCUCUUCUCAGGGUGUGUAAAUGUAGGCAAUGCCAUUUCAGGCAUGGGGUUUGUAUGGGGGCAGGUUUCAACCAUCUGCUCUCACAAUUUGCAAACUGAAAUCUGCAAAACCCACAUUUGCUGAAACUGGAGUGCAGUUACAUUGUUGAUGCGAUGCCAGUAUUAGGUAUCUGCCUGUGCCAAGUUUCCUUUUCCUUCUUAACCCCUUAAACCCACCUCUGCUUAGGGGCAUAUUCUAAUGACAGCAUGAAAGUGACUUAAUGGAACACAAACCUCUAUCCUGUAAAUACGUAAUGCAUUUUUUCAGAAUGUCUGUGUUUGCCCAGCACAAAUAGAGCUAUGUACAUUGGUACUGCUAUCAAGCAGUCUCCUGGUAUGAGAUUUUGCAGCAGACCAUAAAUCAGGUUUAAAUUAGUCAACAUCACUAAUUAGACAUAGCAUAUACAUUCUCUGUGCAGGACAGGUAAACAUGCACUUGUCAUGGUGUUUCUCAGGUUUCUUUUUUUAUAGAGCAGCGUAGAACUUAAUGUGAAAAUUAUCGCAUGUAUGAAUUUACAAUUGCACAGACCGCUUCUUCCUCUUCUUGUGAUUAAAUGUGUGCACAUAAUGAUAAUAUUAAGAAGGCUGUUUAUCUAGUGUGUAUAACCAAGAAGGACCUUUACCCAUUUUUCUGUCGCAUCAAGAGCUAUACUUUUGGAACCUUUGGUCAAUGUAAUACCAUACAGACCCUACUCUAGAUAAUAUUAUUCCAGAGGAACUGGAGCUGUAGAAGUGGUUAUGAGACAAAUCCAAUUGCUAACUGUUGAUUUUCAUGAGAUUAAAGCCUUUGCUGUAGCUGUUGAGGACUUUCUGGU